CGGCCAGGCAAAAUCCCCUGCAACUCCAGCUGUCUUCCGUCUUCCGAGCUGAGCAGACAGGACAGGACGACCCUGAUUGUAUUACCGAAGAUGCAGCCCGUUGCUCACCACUCGCAUGGCACGGCCACGGAUCCGCUCCCGCCGACCCUGCCGACGGACAGAUACGAGGACAAGGUCGUCGUGUCGAACGGUCUGGGGUCGUGGUCUCAUUUGAUCGCCGGCGCUGCCGGCGGUAUGGUCACUGCUGUGCUUACGAGUCCCCUUGACGUUCUCCGCACUCGUUUACAAACCGACUACUAUCAGACGACACAAGGCACGAAACGGCCGGUCCCCGCACACCACGUUCGCCCAUCGUUCGUCCGGUCCUCCAUCCUCCACUUCCGCGAGACAUUCGGGAUCCUUUUCUCCAUCCACCAGGUCGAAGGAUGGCGCGGGAUGUUCAAGGGUCUGGGACCCAGCCUGACGGGCGUGGUGCCCGCCAGUGCGGUGAAAUUCUACACAUACGGGAACUGCAAGCGGCUGCUGCCGGACAUUCUGGGGUGCGACAAGGACACGACGCUUGUGCACGCGAUGUCGGCGGCGUGCGCGGGCAUCGCCACCGGCUCGGCCACCAACCCCAUCUGGGUUGUCAAGACCCGUCUUCAGCUGGAUAAGGCCGGCGCGCGCCGAUACAAGAGCAGUCUGGACUGCGUCAAGCAGAUCCUGCAGCACGAGGGACCCAAGGGUCUGUACCGUGGCCUGACCGCCAGCUACCUGGGCAGUAUCGAGACGACGCUGCAUCUGGUGAUGUACGAGCGUAUCAAGGGCAUCAUCUCCAAGAAGGUCGAUCUGGAUAACAAGUCCGAGGCCAACCACUUCACCCAGGGUCUGGCCCUGAGCGGUGCCUCGGGUUUGUCGAAAUUGUUCGCUUGCCUGAUCGCAUACCCCCACGAGGUGAUCCGCACUCGCCUCCGACAGGCGCCCAUGGCGGACGGCCGACAGAAGUACACCAGCAUCCUGCAGUGCGCGCGGUUGAUCCUGAAGGAGGAGGGGGUGAUUGCGCUGUACGGCGGGCUGACGGCGCACCUUCUCCGGACGGUGCCGUCGGCGGCGAUCACGAUCGGGACAUACGAGCUGGUUCUCAAGGUCCUGGAGGGCCGUUAGGAGGCAACGGACGGACGAACGACCGAACGACCCCGCGACUUCCCUCCCCUUCCCUUCUCAUGUAUUAUAGACUGUACGAUAAAAGUGGCACAUAGAUACCCUGUAAUAAUGAUGUGAACAGCGCUCGAGGGUUAGAUUGGCGCCGUGGAGUUUGCAUCUCAACUCGGGACCGUUUGUAUAUUACUUUACUGCAAGAUCUGCUAG